AUGAACUUGGACAAGUCUCAAUAUAAUAUUAAUUCCUCAAAGGAAUUUUAUGGCUUUCUCGAGACAUAUCUUCUUUCAUUGGAUCAGAGCCCGAGUUUUGACCAGGCGAACUCCAAUCUUGUUUUCUUUCUAUCAUUUGUUGCGCUAUACAUCGAUACCCCAUCAGAUUCAAACAAAAAUUCGUUCUCAAUAAUUUUAUCUAGAAACCCUGAGCAUAUAUUAUACAGAACAUCUAGAAUUCUAGUCAAAUCCAAAUUGUUUUCCAACAACACAACGAAAACAUUUCUCAUAUCCAAGUUACUAUCGAUGUUGAAUUUGAAUGUUCACCUUAGUAACAUUAACUUGAAGCUUUUCCUUGGGUUUGUUUUUAUAAAUCUCAUAAAAAAAGAUGAUGAUGCCUUUGAUUCAUCCUACGAAGAUGAUAACUCUCGUAAUGGAAGAAACGACGCUGAAGAACCAAAAUUCAAUAUCAACGAUAUUAGAAUGGACGAAGAUGAAAACGGUAAUAAUAUAUCUAGCUUGAAUGAUUCGGUAAUAGAUAUUUUGAAGAGCUACUCAUCUUUUAAAAUCUUUUUUAAAAUAUUAUAUUUCAACAACUUUAUAAAUAUUUAUCUGAAACCAAAGAAAAGUGUUAAAGAGAAGAAAGUGGUUGAAGCAGGAAAAAACGGUGAGAAAAUUGGCAAUGAUAACCUAAUAAAUGAGAGCUUAAUAGAAUAUGAAGACAUCCUGGAACAUUGCAAAUUCAUUGAAGAAUAUAACACAUAUAUUAAAGGAAACAACAGAAAUUUGGAAAUUAUCAAUUAUGAUAAAAGCUUACAACUGGAGCUCGUCAAUGAUGAGGAUUACUUUAUAAAAAUUUGCUACUCCCAAGAGAAAGCUUUGUUAAACCCGGACACUUCAAAAGACUUAGAUAGAGCAUUUGAGGCUCUCUCAGAAUUCGACUUAUCGAAUCCGAAGAGUACUGAUAAUAUUCUCCAGAAAAUUAUUGACAACGAUUCGGAAUUCAAAAGUAUCAUUUACCGAAGUAAGAAAAUAAUAUUAUCAAAAAUUUACAUGAAAUUAAUAUCCAAUUUUUUGAAAUUUUUCUCUUUAACAUUUGAUGAAAUCAUGUGUGUUAGCAAAAACUUUGUGAUUGACUUUCUUUUGAAGAAUUUAUCGAUUUUUGAAGCUGAUCUGGACCAAGAGGAUCAAGAGGAUCAACUUGGCGAUGGCUUGCAUCGUCGCGCCAGUGUCAACAAGCGUGGGAGUGUCAGAUUCGAUAACGGUAUAGUUUUCAAUGAUAAUCUUUCUAAAGAUUUAAUUCAAUUUGGCAGCUACAAAAAGUUUUUGGUAAAGUCGAACAAAUCAGAAAUAAAGAAUUUGAAUGAACUCAAAUUUGAAUUGUUGUUGUUAUUGAAUGAACAAUAUAUGGCUGUGACCCAUCUACAAAAAUCACUUCAGCAAAGAUUUGAAAAAAACACCCUAGGAAAGCUAUUGUACUACAAACAUUUAAAACUAAUACAAAUUAAAACAGAAAUCAAUAGCAUCUUGAACCAAAAAUUGCAAAUUAAUGAGAAUUUGCAAAAAACAUUUGAAGCUCAAUACGGAGAAGAGUUGAGUGCGGUUGAGAAGCUUCAAGCUGAGCAGGAGUUCAAUCAAAAAUAUUACGGUGUUAACGAACAAGUUGAAUAUCUGGUUGAUACCACUGACUUGUAUGAGAAAGUCUCCUCACAAUUUAAGGAUGAGUUUGAUAAAUUAACAACUUUUGAGAAUAAUUUACAAAAAUUGAAAGAAUUAUUUGAAACAAAUGAGUUCUUUUCCACCGGAGAUAAGGCAAGUGAUCAAAGAAAUUUACAUGAGUUUCUAACUAUUUUACGAAAAGACAAUGCACAAGCUCAACUUGUAUCUGCUGAGGAUUUGAACUUGUAUUUGAAACUUAAAAAGUCCGAAAUAUUUUUGAUAAUUGGCCCAAAACUUCAAAACAAUGUUUUUGAUUGUUUGAUUGGUGCCCAUUAUUUUGACAAAAGUCAGAAAACUGGAAACAAAAGCGAAAUUGAUGGUCUGUUGGAAUCAGCCUUAAGAAUUUAUGUGAACUUCGUUGGAUUCCUAAUUUACAGUUUCAAUCGCCAAACUAACAAUUGCAAUAAGAUAUUGAUUUUGAAGAUGCUUUACUUAAUUCUUAAGGAAAUGAAGCGGAAUCGUGAAAUCCGUGAAGAGAAGAAAGCAGCAAAUAGACGUCUGUCAAUUUUCAACCCAGGUGAUAUGAAUUUGGAUAUUGGCAAAGAUCCACGUUCUUUGACUUCUCUGAAUUCUGCAAAUGGUACUAAUUUCUGUGAAUUUUAUCUUAAUGACUUGAAGGUGUUAGUUGAUAUUUUCAUACGCGAACUAUACAAUCUUUCCCCAGAAACACAGCUUCCGGUGAUAAAUAAUUACUUGAGGGUUUUUUUUCUAUUGUUAGAUAUUACACCUUUAAAUUAUUUGAAAUUUAAUCUGAAAUAUAAACAUGUUGGCAAAGAUGAUAUGAAUUUCAAUUAUGAUAACGGCAGUGGGUAUAAAAGAAAAGAGAUUUUGGAAUUGCUUGUGUAUUUAAGCGAUUACAAUAUUAACGAACUAGCAAAGAAGUGCUAUGACAACGACGGGAUCCCUCCCGAUAUUUUGGCGUCGGAAGAUGAAAAACCCUCUUCUACACCUGAAACACAGUCUGAAGACUCCUUACUUACAAGAAAACUUGCAAGGAAAUGCCUUUGUAUUGGUUGGUUGGGCCUCAGUAGUUAUAUUGUCGAUAAGGCAUUCCAAUUGUAUGGCCUUGGUAAUAUAAAUGACUCAAAAUUCUCUCCUAACGCCAUUUCAAGAACCUCUACCGCUUCAUCAUCAUCAUCAUCAAUUUUCAAUAACACUCAUGCUAACUCAGCCGACAGAAUGACAUUAUCCAAGAAGCUAUCAAAUUUAAGAAUAACCAACAAUAAUACUGGGGGAAGUACGAAAUCUGCGGCUCAUGGUGGAGUGGGGGUCACUAAUAACGGGCAACCUGCUUAUCAAAAUACUGCUUCACCGAUACUGUUAUCACCAGCAAAAAUAGAGAGCCCAAGUGGUUAUGGAGUUGGCAGUCCAAAUGAAGCAUGCUUGAGCCCUUAUUAUAAUAAACCAAAUAGGGCCAGUCUUGGCGGCUCACUCAGCAACCCGGAAGUUAAUAUUAGUAGAAGAAACAAUAUUAGUGCUGAUUUCAAUACCACUAGAAAUGAUAGAGUUAGAAAUGGUCUUCAGAAGGAAUUUUAUUCUCCAACUUUUCCUGAUUCCAGUCACUCUCAGGUAAGUCUUCCUGUUAGCACUGCAUCUUCUUCUUCUAGAUCAACCAGAAAGAAGCCACCACCACCACCUCCCCCUUCUGCAUCGCCCUCAAGGAGCUCAAGACCAUCGCCUAUAACUGAAGGAAAGAGGUUACCGCCGCCCCCACCACCUCCUUCGAGAAAGAUGAGAGUCAUAAAAUCUGCGGUUGAAUUAUCGUAUUCAUAA